CCUGUUGUUGCGGAAAUGCUAAGUCAUGGCCUGAACCAGUCAUUGAGCACAUCCAACCCAGGGGAGCUGAGGUGCAUGCAGAAAGGCCAGAAGGGAUGGAGCCAGAAUCCACCCCUUUCCCGACCUCAUUUAAGGAUUGGCAGUGGAGGUGUGGGUAUUUUGGUGGAGAUACCUGCCUCCUUGAGGCCUUCCAAAGGUAAGUGGCUUUUUUCCUUUGUUUCUUUGUCCACGGAUGCUGCAUUUGGGCUUGUCCUCAUUUGCUGUAGCCAACAACUUUGCCACCCUGCUAUUAUAGUGGAAUAUGUGGAAAAUUCUGUGUGAAUACAUUCCCAGUCUUUUAGAUUAAUUAUGAGGAGUCUUGAAAAGCUUGUAUGUCUCUCUUAAAGCACAGAGAAGCACCUUGUCAUCUGUAUUUAACUUUGGAAAUUGUGUAAGAAUAGGAAAGAAUUUGUCUCUUUGCAUUUCAUCAGGAGCAAGGAGUCCAUUGGCAGAUCUCAUACCAAGCAUUUUUGAGAAGAGAUCUGUAGAUUAAUUGACAUGAAGACAUUCUGAGCAUCGUGUUUGACGUGGGUAGGAGUAUAUUUCAGAACUGAUCAUGCUGUUGUACUUUUAAUGACCAUAAUUGCUGCAUCCAUUAGGCUUGUGCUUACCAAAAGAAACUGAGGUAAUCUGUCAGUGCUAUAAUUGGACAACUACUAGUCACUAAAAAACACAACUCUUAGUUCUGAAUUAUUUCUGAAACAAAGCUUGAGCAAGCUAUCAAGAAAGCUUCAAGAACUCAGUUGCCUAGUCUGAACACCUGCUCUAUAUAGGACAACAGUUAAAAAAAUGUUUAGAAGGAACAUUCAAUUUUCUAUUAGAUCUGCUUUUGUGAGAAGAAACCAAGUCUAUUCGACCACAACACUAUCAGGAAUUAUAGAAUACCAAUUAUUUUGUUGGUGUUACUACUCACUUAACUUUAAUUAAGUCAAUUAAAUAUAGACCUUAAAAGCAUUUAGUCUCUUGUUACUAUGUGUUACUAGGUCUAUGGAGGUAGGGCUCUGACUUGAGAUAUUGUAGAAUUGUAGGCAUUGUAAGCCAUCUCUGUCAUACCACAUUGCAACUGUAUGAUAUCAGUGCUUCAAAACCAUGUUUGUAAAUGCAUUCUCUGCAAUAGAUGCAUUCUUCACCAAUGCUUCUGUGCCUAGUUGUGGAUAGCUGACUUUCCUUAUUCUUCUGGCUUUGGAAGACUGGGAUAAUGCAGUCCUCGUUCUUACACUCAAAUCUGUGCUCUGUGCUGCUGUUCUUGCUGCAUGCUUUAGAGAUGUGCUUUCUCCAAGGGUAUCAAAAGGCUGGCUAUCUUGGCAUCACCUUUGUCAGUUGCCACGUCAGUGCAAUCGAAAGUACCAAUUUGCAGCCUAGGACAAGAAGUGAAUAAUUUGAAUCUUACAGCAGGUGGAGUCGUGAGUCGUACUCAAAUCUGAAGCCACUGAAAGGCAAAAGCCUUGCACUCUUAUACUGGUGCAGUUACUUUCAGUUUGGCAAAGUCUUAUCUUGGCAAUAAAUGGUACCUUGAGAAAAUCAAGAUUAGUAUGUGAAACAGGGCAAGUAAGGAUUUGGAGGCCCCUUAUCAGGGCAUCUUGUCAGUCAUCUGUAUGUCUCUUUACAGAAUCAAACUUUUUAAAAUAACAGUUUAAAUCUAGAGACUGUGUGUGAGAGAAAUUCAUAAUUUAUUAAUUUGUCUGCCUUUGGUUUUGAACCAUUUAAGUAUUUGUGGAGUUAAGAUUAAAGGGAAGUACUGCCCUAUACAGCCCUCUAGUGUUGAUGGACUUUAAUGAAUGCGGGAGGAUUUUUUUUUUUUUGAAAAGCAAGCAGUAUUUCUACUUCUACCAUGUGUGGAUUGAAAUAUUUCUUUAAAUAUUUUACAUAUAAAUAUAAUGUUUACAACUUGCUAAAUCAGGUAAUAAAUCUUGCGUUGCCCCAUAUCUGUAUAGACACCUACAAAUUGAAGGAUUGACUCAAAUAUAAACUACGCUAUUUUUGUACUGAUCGGAGCCAAGUCAACAGAAAAUACUCCAUGAUUCAAGGGCAUUUGUUAAUAGUGAAUUCAUUGCUUUAUAUUUUGGCUUUGUUUUAUAAACUGCAGUGUUCUAGGAGGAAAAAGGGGAGGAAAAAAAAAAAAUACUUCUUUUAGAGAUGUGCCUAGAUUACCUAAGUUGUAGGAGCUGGGGGUGUUUAGCUUUCAGAGGAAAAGCUGGUCUCUGGGGAGACCUCAUUGCAACCUUCCUGAACUUGAAGGGUGCUUAAAAUCAAGGGGGGGAGCAACUUUUUCGUGAUCUGAUAGUGGUAGGACAAGGGGAAAUGACUUUAAACUAUAAGAGGGGAGAUUUAGUUUAGAUGUUAGGAAGAAAUUCUUUACUCAGAGGGUGGUGAGGUACUGGCACUGCCCAGAGAAGCUGUGGGUGCCCCAUCCGUGGGGGUGUUCAGGACCGGAUUGGAUGGGGCCCUGGGCAGCUGAGCUGGUGGGGUGGCAACCUUAACCAAGGCAGUAAGCAUUGCAAGCUCUGACUUCUAUGCAAGCUGCAUGAUUGGAGACACUUUUGAAAAUAUUGCCAAGGUUUCAGGGGAGGGAAGUAAAGAUACCAAAUUAUCAUUAUGCUUUUAUCUUUCAAGACGGAACAAUUAAAUGCUGGGGAAGUAGAUUCAUCACUGAAUAGAUAAUUUUCCCUUUCAAAUCCCUCCCACCCUGUUUCUGCCUAAUCCUCUUCUGACAGGGAAAACACCUCAUUAAUAGAAGUGCCCUGCAAGCUAUGAGUGAGUGUAGUUCUAUGCUAGUAAAAUGUUUGGUGGUAGUAUUGUGACACUUGAUCUGUAGCAAUGAUAACUAAUUGUCACGACUGCAUAAGUUUUAUACCAAAAUUUGCUCACCUAUUGGUUGAAAUGGAUGAAAAGUAGAGGAUGUCUAUUUUAAAAAGCUGAGGUUGGAUGGGGAAAGCUCUGUGAGUGUUUCAGGGGUUAAAGAAGAGAGUAGCUCUUCAGGUAUAUGACCUUCCUAUGGGAUGGCUUUGUUUCUCAGUGCUGCCUGGGGCAGUACAUCCUUCCUGCUGCUCAUACAUGUGGUCUGAGCUGCCUGUAAGCUGCAUACAUCUGAAGAAUUUUUAUAUCACUUUUAUGUGUAGUAUGGGUACAAAUUGUUUGAAGGGGAACCAGUGAUAAAGGCCUUUGUUUAUUUGUAUUGAUGCUGCAUGUAAACUCUUUGGGCAAAGGUUUGUUGCUGCUCAUAUUUACACAGGAUUUUGUAAAAGGACUUUGUGAUCUCCCUCUAGCAUGCUGCAACCUCAUAACUUAAAAAAUAAAAGCUGUGUCACCUUUGGAAAAUGCCCAAUAAUUUUCUGUUUAAGAAAACUUGCCCAAGCCUCCCUGUGUAAGUCUGAGAGAAGGAGAGUGUUCAGACUUUGUGACAUGUUCAACACCCAUUUUCUGCAGACCAGGCCAUUUUAGAAAUGUGAUAAUUGAAUUUUCCGAAUGUUAAGCUUUACUUCAGAUAAUACUGGAUUACAUUCUUGUAUCUGCCAUCAGUUUGAGUGUUUCAGUUAAACUAAGAAUCUUGAAGAGGAGAAGGAAGUAUUUAAGGGUUUGAAGGGGUGGAUACAGUCAAGGUAUUUUAAUGAAGCUGACAUUUGUGUUUAUGCUGUGGUUGUGUUCUCUGCGAUGGUUGGAAGUAAUUCCAAACCAGGCUGAAGGCCAACUAACCAGAGUCAACUUUCUCCUGAGGUUUCUCAAGUGUUGCACAAGAGAUUUGAAGUAAAAAAGUUUGGAGACAUGUGACUGUUAAUCUCUUUAGCAGUAAGAAUAAAAUUUAAGCAUCCAGUUGGAAAUGUACUUGGUUCUGUGUUGCUCUUUGUUUCAAUUAACAAGCUUUUCUCCUGCAUAGAUUGGGGGUAUAAACUUCUUUGCGUUCUGUCCAAUUAGAUCAUGCUUGGAAGCUGUCAGCACUGAUGGUGAGGAACCCUCCCCUGCCUUUUUUUUCAGUUGUUCAGUCUGUUGGAUAAUGAAAGAAUUUGUCUGACGGGGUUUGGUAGUGUUUUGUCCUCUAGAUGAAUUACUGCAAGAUAUAGACGACAGUCUUGUGUGUCCAAAAUGCACUGGAAUGAUUCAGCCAACUCCUCAGAAAGUGAUGCUGAAGCUCAUUCUGCCUUUACACAGACUGAGCACAACAUAGUCGCAGCUUACUUAAUAACAGCAGGAGUGAUAAGCAUUUUCAGUAACAUUGUUGUGUUAGGCAUCUUUGUGAAGUACAAAGAGCUUCGGACAGCAACCAAUGCAAUUAUUAUCAACCUGGCUUUCACUGACAUUGGUGUUAGUGGCAUUGGCUACCCCAUGUCUGCUGCUUCAGACCUGCAUGGAAGCUGGAAGUUUGGAUACACUGGAUGCCAGAUCUAUGCUGCCUUAAAUAUUUUUGGGAUGGCAAGUAUUGGUUUGCUCACUGUUGUUGCAGUUGACCGUUACCUGACAAUCUGCAGGCCUGACAUAGGAAGAAGAAUGACUACCUGUAACUAUGCUGCUCUAAUCCUGGCUGCAUGGAUCAAUGCAGUCUUUUGGGCGUCCAUGCCUACCGUAGGCUGGGCUGGCUAUGCUCCAGAUCCAACUGGAGCAACUUGCACAGUCAAUUGGAGGAAAAAUGAUAUGUCCUUUGUUUCCUACACAAUGAGUGUAAUUGCUGUUAAUUUUGUUGUACCCUUAACAGUCAUGUUUUACUGUUAUUACAAUGUUUCCCGGACAAUGAAACAAUACACCAGCAGUAACUGCCUGGAGAGCAUCAGCAUGGAUUGGUCCGACCAAGUAGAUGUAACAAAGAUGUCUGUUGUGAUGAUUGUAAUGUUCCUGGUGGCAUGGUCUCCCUAUUCCAUUGUGUGUUUAUGGUCUUCCUUUGGAGACCCGAAGAAAAUUUCUCCUGCAAUGGCCAUCAUAGCUCCUUUAUUUGCAAAAUCCUCCACAUUCUAUAAUCCCUGCAUUUACGUCAUUGCAAACAAAAAGUUUCGGAGAGCAAUCCUGGCUAUGGUGCGAUGUCAGACAAGACAAGAAAUAACUAUAAACAAUGCCUUGCCCAUGAGUGUUUCUCAAAGUGCACUGACGUCAUAAAACUCGAUUAGUUUUUCUGCAUAGAUUUUGUGGAAACAAAUUAAUUCUGGGUUACAGUUUAUUUUUUGGGAUAACAAUCUGCCUCUUCCAGUCAAUUGUUUUCUGUUAAUCACUGAAGUAUUUUUUAGGUUAAAGAGAAAAAAACAAAAAUAACAAACAAAAAAAAAAGCACUGCAACUUUAGUUUUCAAGAAUGAGGCUUAUUUGAUUGAUAUUUCUGGCACAAACAAAAAAGGCCAUUGAAGUGUUCCAUGUGACUUGCAGGGUUGGACAAGGUGACAUCAGGGCAGGGAGAGACUGAAGUAGGAAGUGCUUAGGUUCAGUAACAGAUAUAGCACCUUUAAUUCCUCUUGCGAAUGACUUUCUCCCAACUUCAAUUAAAAGUUUCCAGAUC